UUUUUUGGGAGCGGGAAUAUAGACUUCAAUUAUUCACCUAAAAAAACUAUGAUAUAACGUGCCAUGUGUCUUAUGUGAGUGAAAUGUCCGAAGUAAUCGAUAAUAUCCGGUAUCUAUCGUAAUGUUCCCGAGGCAAUAAAAUGAUGUAUCUAGUCCUGGGGUGUAAUGAUGGAAAUAGGAGGUAGGCCUCUAAAAAUGUUCAUAAUAACUACCUAGGUAGGUAAUAGACUCAUUGCAAUGCCUAACGCAACCCAUCUAAUUGGAUGAAAUUGCCCUAUGUUCAUUGUCGAUGAUCUCAUCAAUUUCGAGGCGUUAUUGGUCUAGGUUCCCCCUGAAAAUAUAGGACCUUGGUAAAAAGACAUAUACCUAUGACAUUUUCAAAUGCUCCUACAACAGCGCCGAUCGAGUGCAGGUAGAUACGACUUCAUGUCUCGCGUCUUCUCCCCUGUCCCUAUUUGUGGUGGGAUAUCCAGCCUAAUUCUUCACCACACCUUCUGAUGGUCACCUGGUCUUCAUGGCUUCUCCUUUCGUCGUCUGGAGAGUCACUCUUGUCUGCAGGCGGUGUCAGGGAAUGUUGCGGGGGAGGAUAUCUGGCCCCUUCAAAUGGAGUGUUGUAGGUAUCUUCAACUCCUUUCCGAGCCAUCUCCAAGCCACCAACAUAUGCGUACAGUCUGCCAGAACCCGUACCCAAACCGUCGCUUACGAUAGGCAUUCAGACGCUUCAACUCCUAAGAGAGCCAUGCGUGGUGAAUACGAGCUCGGUCGUCCGGUCGUGAGAGUCGGGCGGUGUGUCCCAGUGCUCGUCAUUGGUGAUGGUGAUGUCAAAGCCCGCCGACCAUGUCGCACGAGCGAUAUGGCCGGGAAAUAACAAACGAUACGAAAAUGAAGUGUGAACUCGAAAUAUAAUGAGAAGGACUUGAAUAGAUGCAUUUUGACGGUAUUCGAGCAAAGCGAUUCAUCUUCAGGCCGAUGCCUAGACGAAAUCACCAGAAACGCAUGAUGGAUGAUGGGUUUUUGGAUCAACAUAUGUAGUUUGGGAGGGCCUGCUCGAUCUGUUCCACUGUAUCUCGGGCCGGUUAUCGGCGUGCUCACGGGAGUCCUAUUGAUUGCUGUGGAUAACUCCUCUCAUAUGAGGAAGACCACGGUAAUUUUCGUAUCGAGUAGUUCCAGUGAAACUCCUUCAUUUCGUAACUUCGGUAGAACUUGUCGUCGUCGACAGUAUCCUACUCCGCUCCUAAUAAUAUAAUUUUUCUAUAUUAAAUGUAUGAUGCCGAUGUUGAUGACAGCAUUGAUGAUGAUAGUGGUGGUCGUAAUGGUGGAGGUUGGAGCCGCAAUCAUGGUGAUGGUAAUAGUAGUGGUAGUAAUGGUGGUAGCCCUAUAGUGUGGUAGUGGUAUUAAGAAGUAAGAGCAAUGGUGACGGUGUUAGCUGUGCCAGUAGUGGUAGUUGGAGUGGUGGAUUAGGUAUCUAAGUAGCAGUACCAUAGUAAAACCUGUGGUGGCAGGAGUGCGUAGAAAUGUGAGUGAUGUUGUAUGAAAAGAGGU